AUGGAUACAAUGCUGAAGGAGCGUCUAGUGAUUGGCCACAGCUUGACAUCCCCAUCCCCCCCUGUCCUAUUGACAUCGAUUCCCUUCCGGGGAUCCCCAGCUUUGGAGCUGAAUGUGACGAUCUCCUUGAGCUCCUGGAGUAGACAGAAAUUAUACGAUUCGUUCAUUGUCUUUUCGUGUGUUCUUCUGCUCCUUGUCUUUGCCGUUCGCAUUAGAAUGUCACCUGCGAAGCGCCUUCGGGCCAGACGCUCAUUCAUCGCUGAGGAUCCACCUUGUCCAGAGCCGGAUCUUGUGCUGGGAUCAAGUCCUCACUCGGAUGGCGUGGGAAUCACCUUACUGCUCCAGGACGAGGUAGAGGGUCUCCAGAUAAGAAAGAAUGGCGAGUGGAAGCCUGUGAACUCCAUGCCGGAUGCAUUCGUCGUCAACAUUGGAGAUAUAUUAGAGGUGAUGAGCAAUGGAAUAUAUAAGAGUGUGGAGCACCGAGUAGCUCCGGAGGUGCACGAAUAUCGGCAGCUUUCUUCUUUUCACCCAGCUUUGAAGCAGUUCUCAAGCCCUUGGUGCCGGACAAAAAGCCUCUCUUCAGGGAGCUUACUUUCGGGGAGUUUAUCGCCGCGUAUAUGGGCAAUGCGCUCAAGGCAGUAA